GGUAACGGAGAUGUCAUUACAACCAAGUAGGCCGGCAUUUCCUUCCUUACCAGUUGGGUGCAUUGCCACCUCACGGAAUACAAGUUAAGGUAGCUUUAAGGUAAGAAGAGUUGAUACACUUCACAAUGUUUGCCACUGCUUCCACUAGGGUUGCCAACUUCUUUUAAUCUGCCCCACUCCCGAGCAUUUAAUAGGAGCCUGGCACACAGAAAUGUAGCCAGUAAGCCUUUUUCUGGCACGGAGGAAAAGUGAGAGGAAAAGCUAAGUCUGCACACUUUUGUACUUGCUUACAACGGAGACAACGAGAGUACAAUACUCUGAUAAGGGAGGGGGAAAGGACAUAAUAUGAAAAUAGCUGGAAAUCUCUCAGCCUUGCUCUCAUCAAGGGGAACGGAGCUAAGUUUUGGAGUCUAGUUCAAGGAGGCCUAUCAGGCAAACCUACUGGGCUUGUACUCCUUAUAACACCUGAAACAUGGGUGACCCACUUUAGUGACAUCUAUGGCAGUGAAAUGAACUUAUUAACCUAUACACCAGACAGCUCUGAUCCUCCCUGGCUGGCCACCUGUCUCCACUACAGUGGUACCUCAGGUUAAGUACUUAAUUCGUUCCGGAGGUCCGUACUUAACCUGAAACUAUUCUUAACCUGAAGCACCACUUUAGCUAAUGGGGCCUCCUGCUGCCGUCGUGCCGCCGGAGCAUGAUUUUUGUUCUCAUCUUGAAGCAAACUGCUUAACCUGAAGCACUAUUUCUGGGUUAACAGAGUCUGUAACCUGAAGCGUAUGUAACCUGAAGCGUAUGUAACCCGAGGUACCACUGUACAGAGAUUGGAGAACUUACUAUGUCGCUGCAUCCUGGGAAAGCACUGGGUGGAAGAUAUGAUCCCUCCAGAGAUAUUCUCCUCAGAUGUAAAUUGGGGGGCCCCAAUUUUGGCCAAACUAUUUACUCACAUAAACAUGACUGGUGACAUCCCCGCAGGGUGGCACACCAGCAUAAUUGUACCAAUCCCCCCCAAAAUGAGACCUAUUGGAUCCCUGUAACUAUAGACCCAUAAGUCUCCUAGAUGUGGCUUCCAAAUUUUACUCACAAUAUCUAUUAAAUAAAAUUCUGGACUGGGACAGCAAACAAGCCAUCAUCCAUGAAGAACAAGCAGGAUUUAAGAAGGGCCGGUGCACUACAGACCAAGUUUUUGUUUUGUUUUGUUUUUAUAAAAUAUUUAUUAAAGUUUAAACAUUACAAAAAAGAAAAGAAAAACAAGAGAGAAAUAUACAAAACAUCAACAAUACCAAGAAAAAACAAAACAAAACAAAAACAUUAAAAAAACCCCAAAAGAGAACAGACAAACAUACAAAAGAGCCCCAUAUUUUCAUAUCCUUAUCUUUCAUUAGCUUAUUUCCUCGACUUCCUCACACCUCCUUUUUUGUAUUCUAGUUCAAUUAAAUGUUCUAGCAAGUCCUUUCCCUCUUUCACAAAUUUAGUUCCAUAAUUUAAUUUAACAAAAUUUUAAACUUAAAUUUACAUCUUUACCCAAUGUCAGCUAUUCAUACUUAAUUCCUUAUAAUAUUUCUACUAAAGUCAUAUAACUUCUUUCCAGCAUCUUUCUAACAUUCAUUCAUUUUAGAAUAUUUCUGUAAAUAAGCUUUAAAUUUCUUCCAAUCUUCUUCCACCAACUCUUCUCCCUGGUCUCGGAUUCUGCCAGUCAUUUCUGCCAAUUCCAUAUAAUCCAUCAGCUUCAUCUGCCAUUCUUCCCUGGUAGGUAGGUCUUGUGUCUUCCAGUGCUUUGCGAUGAGUAUUCUUGCUGCUGUUGUAGCAUACAUGAAAAAACCUCUAUCCUUCUUUGGCACCAAUUGGCUCACCAUGCCCAGGAGAAAGGCCUCUGGUUUCUUUAAGAAGGUAUAUUUAAAUACCUUUUUCAUUUCAUUAUAGAUCAUCUCCCAGAAUGCCUUAAUCUUUGGGCAUGUCCACCAAAGGUGAAAGAAAGUACCUUCAGUUUCAUUGCAUUUCCAACAUUUAUUAUCGGGCAAAUGAUAGAUUUUUGCAAGCUUGACUGAUGUUAUGUACCACCUGUAUAUCAUUUUCGUAAUAUUCUCUCUUAAGGCAUUACAUGCCGUAAACUUCAUACCUGUGGUCCAUAACUGUUCCCAGUCAGCCAUCAUAAUGUUAUGUCCAACAUCCUGUGCCCAUUUAAUCAUAGCAGAUUUCACCAUUUCAUCCUGAGUAUUCCAUUUCAGUAGCAAGUUAUACAUUCUUGACAAAUUCUUAACUUUAGGAUCUAACAAUUCUGUUUCCAACUUUGAUUUUUCCACUUGGAAACCUAAUUUUUUGUCCUGAUUGUAUGCUUCCAUUAUUUGGUAAUAAUGGAGCCAAUCACGCACUCUGUUUUUUUAAUUUUUCAAAGCUCUGUAAUUUUAAUCUGUCACCCUCUUGUUCCAAAAUUUCCCAAUACUUCGGCCAUUUGGCCUCCAUAUUGAGUUUUUUCUGAGCCUUUGCCUCCAUAGGUGACAGCCAUCUUGGGGUCCAAGUUUUUGUUUUGUACCACCUAAUCUGUAAAUUCGCCAAUGAAUUUACUAGAAGCAAUGCAGCUAGUAAGCCUGAUCUUUAUUAAAGGAAAUAAACUGUUGCAACAAGGUCCCCACUCACCACACGCAGGAGAGAGAACCCCAAACAAUGCUGUUCAAGCCCCUAUAUACAGUAGACUUUUGAAAUUGCCCAUCCUGUAGCCCAAGACACACCUGCAUUCCUGGGUCCCACUAAUCAGACACACGGGAGCCGAGAGGAGAGAAUCCAAAGUUCCUUUAUUUUGCUGCACAGCAAAGUGUUCCAGCUGAGAUCGCUCUCAAAAGUCUGGACCCUGGGGUGUCACCCUUAGGAGUCUUUUAUAAGUUUCAUAAACAAUGGAAAACAUAUUGUUAUAGGAAAAUCCUUGGGCUCACUUGGAUUACCAAACAAAGACACCAGCCGGGAAUAUAGGGGCUAAACAGCAGCCUGUAGGCCUGGUCUUUAUUUUAAAGGACUGUUACAAGAGGACUUCCACCCACCACAUGGGAGAAGCACAGAACAAAGGAUUGCUCCCACUUUUAUAAGUUUUACAAAGAUACCUACAACACACCUAAAUUUACAUCAUGCAUACAUCACAAAUGCAUCACAAACUGAGCAUCGGGUUUGUCCCCAUCCUUCCCUUGACCUCCACCUCACACCCAUCAAGUAAGACAAAAUAAAUAUUUACAAGUUCCUGGUUUCCCAGGCCAAGUUAAUCACACCUCUUUGUCCCAACCAAGAACCUAAUCCAUUCCUGGAUGGUUUGCCAUUGUCCAUGGGAUGACUGCCUGUCUGACACCCAUUGCCAGGAUGCCAGUGAUUACCUUUCCUGCAAGGGGCUGCUGUGUACAGACUCCCCCCUUUCCUAAGCCAUUCCUUUCCUGAACAGAACAAAGUUGGAAUGGUGCAAAUCCAUACCGGAGCAAUUUUAUAAGGCUUUCUAAAGUUUUCCCAGUGAACCAGUAGGUAGAUACAUUUAUCAGUGAAUUUGGUAAUGUGCAGCAGAGGCCCUUUGGAUAAAGAUAGGAAAAACUGUGGUUAAGUGUUUUGUGGCGACAUUUGCCAAAGUGAUUGUGUUGAUUUUGGUCAGGGGUUGGCAAGGUUUACCUUGCCUGGGCCAGUUCACUCCCGCAGAGAUCGCUCCGUGGGCGCAGACGCAAUUUUCAGUGCCGCGGAAGCAAGUCCCCGCUCCGUGCUGCACCAGUUUAGCGCAGCGCACAGGGACUCAUCGCGUGGGCAGCUUGGUUCGCCGACCCCUGAUUUUGGUAGUCGGGGUGUGUGUGUAUGGUAUCUGCUGGAGGGGCAACCCCCCAACCUUCACAUAAACUACAAUAUAAAACCAAUCACAAAUCCCCAAAUCCCUCAUUGUCUUAUUUGGAAGCGAAGCAAGCACCCUGAUACUGUUCAAAACUUAUACUUGCGUGGCUGUGGCUGUGACUGCGACCCUUCAAUUCUGCUGACAGCUCAUUUAACUUGUUUACUUCAGCUUAUUUACUGCGCCUCCGCAUCCCAUAGCCUUAAUACUGCUCUUUGCUAAUACAGUGGUACCUCAGGUUACAUACGCUUCAGGUUACAUACUCCGCUAACCCAGAAUUAGUGCUUCAGGUUAAGAACUUUGCUUCAGGAUGAGAACAGAAAUCGUGCUCUGGCAGCACGGCGGCAGCAGGAGGCCCCAUUAGCUAAAGUGGUGCUUCAGGUUAAGAACAGUUUCAGGUUAAGUACGAACCUCCAGAACGAAUUAAGUACUUAACCCGAGGUACCACUGUAUGGCAAUUGGAAACUCCUUAGCAGGAAAUGUCUGUCUGCUUUAAAAUGCUAUGCAUUCACUUUCUCACUUUUACACUUUUGACCUCAUGCUUGCAGGAGCCUUGCCAACAAGACUGUCUGUGGUAUAUUUGUAGAUAAUCUCGUCAACCAGAUGUUCGUAUCUUUAGCAUUACAUGUGGGAGAUGAAAGCUGCUUGCGCUUUAAUAUUACAAGUAUAUAGGGGGGGCAUGCUGGGUCUAUUACCUUUACCUGACACCCACUACCACAAAACCACCCCCCAAAACAUUAUACAUAUAUCACAGAAGGAGGUGGUCUCCAGCAGAAAUUUGAGAGUGUUGCUUCUCUCCUGUCUGCCAGGAUACCUGAUAAUGCCUUACUUGAUUGCAUUUUCUGGGAAGCCUGACCAUUCCUUCAAGAUGGUAAAUACUUAGUUCCUGAAUCUUUUACGCAUAUUGAUAGUGUGCUCAGCUUAACAGAUACUUGCCAGACUGUAUUUGAAAACAGAGGUAUAAGCCCCUACAGUCAAAAGACAAUUGGAAAGCUUUUCCCAUUUCCUUCCUCCUUGCAGUGAAAUAUUUGAGGUCAAUUUGGGAGAGUCAAAAUGGCUUCAGGAUUGUUCUCCUGUGCUAUUUAAGACAUGGUUUAUAUACUUCUGUAUGUGUUGGCCUGUAGCACCCUGCUUGUGGUUAACGCUUAGCUGGAAUGAAAUAUUCAACGCAGCAAUAGAGAAAUUAAAAUAAUAAUUUAUUUGUCAGACAAAUAAAUGAGAGACACAGUGGUAUAUGGAUACCAAAGCUCUGCCUACUCCAGCCCUGAUGGCCAGCACUUAUAUUUCCUCAGCCCAGCCCCCUUGCUCCUCCUUUGGCUGCCUCUGUCCAAUCAGCCUGGUUGAAAUUCCUAUUGGUUGUUUGCUAGAACCAAUCAUAAAAGAUACACCCAUUUCCUAUUUCCUUUUAUGGGAGACAAAAAGCUAUAUUUCCUUGUAUCCAUAAAUGGCAGACAAGUAGCCAUAUAUCUUACAUUUACCUCGACCAGGCACCUCAAUUACCAGAUAACCUUUGGCCCCUGUUGCCCUAUUCACCGCAAACCAGAUGGCUAAAGCAGAUGGUGCAUGGUUUCUAAUUUUUUUAUCUUAAAGAGAUCUUGAGUUCACCUUCUCACCCACCAUAAUAGGAAUCUAACAUAAGAAUCUAACAUUUCUUACUUUCUAAAUCCUUUGCAUAAUUACAUUUAAGCCAAUAUAUUUCAUACAUAACAUAGAUAGAUUUUUAGAAGGAAAGGCCUUUUCAAAUUAGAAGGAACUUAGUAAAAGCUAAGUUCUCUUAGUUCUAUAAAGAAACCUUUUCCCUAACCAGCAGCUGUUUCUUCCAUUUAACCUUUAACCUUAUGGCUCGAGUCUUCUGUUAAACAAUAAAUUUCACUAUUUACCAGUUCUUAAUUGUGUUUUUACAGCUUGAUUGUAUUCUGGUCAGUGUGACCUUUUGCUCUCUGGCUCUAAUUUCCUUUUACAACCUUGAAAUACUUUUUACAACCCUGAAAUACUGCUAUUUAUAGCAGUGGGGCCCUUGAACAGCUGCCAGAGUAUUCAAGCUGGUCUUCUCCCUGGCAUGAGAGAAAAAUAUAUUUACAAAUAUAAUUUUUUAAGCUCAAAGCAGAUUUUGAUCAGAUGCCUCAGGCCUUGUACAUUUAUGAACAUUUAUUUUAUAUUUGAGACCUUAGAAUUUUUGUAACAAUUGUAAAAGUCUUUGGCUAUAUAAAAUUGACGUAUGUUAGGCUGGGUGGGAGGGGUGGGGGAAACGGGCAUGCUCUGUUUUGAGUGUUGUCUGCUCAGUCUUUUUGGAGAGAAAUGAAUACUGAGCCACUAUUGCUAUAGCAAUAAAGACUUGAACCUUUCCACUCAUUGCAUUGGCGAGGAGCUGCUACUCUUCUAGACAGCCAGAAUCUGCACAGACAGAAUUAUAUAUCCAGUGCUUUUUUUAAAUAGAAAAAAUAGGUACCGGUACUCACCAUGAAGUUGUUACAGUGUGUGUCACACUUUUAAGCUACACACACACACACACACACACACACACACACACACAGGUGCCGGUACUGCGUACCAUUGAGUACCCCUUGGGGGAAAAAGAGAGCAUUGUAUAUAGCAGUCCAUUUAAGAAUUUGCAUUUGAGCUUGUUUCCCCUCCUCCCUUCCAUUCCUUUCUCCUUGUAUGUCGUGUCUUUAUGUAAACUGCUAUGGGACCCCUUUUUUAAACUUAAGAGCUGUGUAUAAAUGCCUUCAAUACACAAACCAAAAGCAUUUGCAAAAACAAUUUUUUACCCUACCAAGCUUAGUGCAUGUCAAAUUGUGCCGCAUUUGACUUUAUUAUUUCAUUUUUAUUCCAACCGUUCCCCAAGGAGCAUAAGGUUCUUUCCCCUCCCUAUCUUUCUAUGCACAAUCAACCUGCAAGGUAGGUUUGACUGAGGAAUAGUGACUGGCCCAAGGUGGGGAUUUGAACCCAUGUCGUCCUGGUUCUAGUUACAGCUUGCUUAUCCACUAAUUACAGCUGUGGGAAACCUCAUGUCAGAGGCUAAAUGUGCCCCUCCAAGCCUUUAUCUCUGGCCCUUGGGACUCUGCCCAGGCUGCACCCCUCACAAAUCUUGUUUCACAGUCUUCUUGGGUGUUUUUGUCUACCUAGAAGUGUCCUUGGGCUCUGAUAUGCCUCUGGGUUGCCUGGCUGGUGACAGAAAGGUAUGUGUGUGUGUACAAACUAGCCAGCCCACUCUACAAAGAUAUCAUUUCCAUUUGUUGCUCUGUCCAUUUUUGCCAGCACUAGCAUGUGGCUCCCAUAAAAUGGUCCAGAAGAGAAUGCAGCCCUCGAGCUGAAAAAGUUCCCCCACUCUGGAUUACACCAUACUGGUGUAGCACAAAGAAUCCUUUGUAACAUCUGCAUUGUAUUUGCAUUGUUGAACUAUUACAGAAAGAGAACACAAGAGAAGGAAAGACUGGUGUUGGGUUGAAAUAAACGACAGACGAAUGGCAAGGUGUCAUACGGGAGGCAUCUCUCCAGCAAGUCUCGGAGAGUCCCUUUUAUUGAAUAUUACGGCAUUUGCCACAUAUGUGCUUAUUGCUGAUUGGUUAUGUUACCGGAAAAAUCUGAGGGCUCCCUUGGACAAAAUAAAGACACCAACCAGGAUAACUUGGAGCAAAACAGCAGCCUGUAGGCUUGGCCUUUAUUGAACUGUUGCAACAGGGUGUUCCCCUCACUUGCGAGAGAGAGGAAAGACCCAGAAAGAUGGUGUGCAAGACCUUAUAAAAACUUUUGAAAUUCCCAUCCUCUAGGUCAAGCCCACCCCCAGAAACAUCAUGCAUACAUUACAGAAAGGAGGGGUUGAGGGAGGAGUUGUGGUGGUAACCUGAGUGUCCUGUCACCUGGCUGGUUCCUCCUUUCCCCCUCCCCAUGAGUCACUUCCAGGAGACAAAGGGAGUUGGCAGUUUCCUGCCCCCAGAGGGAAGAUCUGAUCAUUGUCCUUUGUUUCAGUCCAUGCUGAAUCCACUCCCAUAUGCAAGUUCUUUGUGAUCUUGAUGGUCUUCUGUCUAGGACCAUCAGGGUUGGCAUAGCAACUGGGCAGGGCUCCUGUGGAUGUGCUGGGCUGGUGAAGGGAUUAUGGCUGACCAGAACCAAGCCACCCCCCUUUGAUAGUGCUUGUCAUAUGGAGUAAAAUAAAAAUGGAACAGUGCAAAUCCGAUGUAUGGUUGAUUUUUCUAUGAAUUUAUAACAGAAGUGUGGCAUAUGUAGUGUGUGAGUGUGAGUGUGUGAAGUUUGUACAAACUGAAUGAUUGGGGUGGGGGGUUCCUGCUACAGUUAACACAAGUACAAAGCAAAGGUUACAUUAAUACCAGUAGAUUAAAGGUUGGGAAAGGGAGCACAGAACAAGACAGGCAUGAAACCUCCUAAUUAAAUUAUAACUAGUGAUUGAUUGAUUAUCAAGACUUAAACUAUUACUAAUGAUUGAUCAUGACAUGAAAGAACAUAACAAUCGCGUUCCUAGAUGUGGUCAACUAUGCAUUAAGAACAGGUCAGAGUAUAAUGUUUUCAUGAACUCAAUAUGAACUGAACAUUCUAGGGUGAUGAGGGAAUGUAGAACGGUUUGUGCAGCAUGUGCAGAAGAAAAGCGUAGAAGCAAGACUUCCCAUCAUGCCACAGUCAUGUGCAGAAGCAAAGCUUCCCUUCAGACUGGGGUUAUCAGUUUUUUAAACACUGGCUCCACUUCUCUGCCUUUAACUGUAGAAUGGGACGCUGAGAUGGAAUAGGCAAAGAUUAUCUCCAUGCCAAGAGAAGCUUCACCUGUUGAGCUUCUGUAUGCCAGGCUGCAGUUAAAUAUACAGGGCAAGGAUAGUUUAAAAAACAAAACAAAAAUACUAGCAGAAAAGGCUUGGCUCACAAACGCAGGAGGAACGAAAAACACAAUCUGAAAUCGUUUUCAGAAGCUGUUAACACAGGGGAAGGGAAGCGGCGGCUCUCUUAAGGCGUUAUUGGACUCCAACUCCCAUCAGCCCCUCCCACCACGGCCACAGAUGAGGCUUGAUGGGACUUGUAGUCCACAAUGUUCUACGUUCCCGGUGCAGCAGCUAAACAAAGCAAUAACACUUCCGGUUGUUAAUCGAACGCGAGGGGCAUCCCAUGCGGGUAAAGGAAUAGGACGAGGCACCAUAGAGGUUUCGGUGAAGGAGCGGUUCCGGGAUACCCGCUGUGCUCCACCCCGCGGGUGAGGGUGUUCAAAUGGAAUCCCGAAAUGAGGAUUGUUAUUAUCACGCUUUCUUCUUCUUCUAUUCCUCUGGCCAAGGCGGAGGGUAGCGUAGCUGCGGGUGCAACAGGGAAAGGCUUUAGCAAAAGCGGGGGGCGCUUUGUUUCUGCGAGUGCAAAUUGUUGUUGAACGCGAGAGAUUUUGCAAACAAAAGCCACUCUCAAGCGGCCCCCCGUUUCUCUGAAGGCGGGUUACAUGCUCGGAUUUGCUCAGUGCAUAGUCGUGGAUACCUUAUUUCCUACUGGGAUUGUCAGAGGGGAAAAUAAUCAUUGGGAGCGAUCACCUGCUUCCCAGUGGAAUUAACAGGUUUGUUGUAUCUUGCGUUAGACCCCUACAAAUGAGUGAACCUAAGUUUUCAUGUACAUAAAUUUCAAUGGGUCUACUCUGAGUAGCUUAAGGUUGGCUACAGCCCUAGGUUUCUCUGCUUACCAGGUUGUAAACCAUUAUAUAUAAGCAGAAGCCAUUUUCUUAAGCUAGGAGUUAACAAAACAAACGAAAGCUUCUUGAUAAAGUAGCGUGUUUGAUAUCCCCCUGGUGUUCACGUUUGACAUUCUAGAGUAGAUUUUCACGGAAAAAACCGCUGAAAGAAUUCAUGAUACGACAAAACAAAAAUGCAGUUCACUCAAAAUUGAAUGUAAUUAGACUUACCCUAACACAGUUUCCAGAGAUAUUGCCAAAUUAUGAGCCGAUGCUAUGCCAUGUUUGCUCAGAAGCAAGCCUCACUCUGUUCAGUGGAGUUUACUCAGUGGUAAAUGUGUUUAACCUUAGUUUGUUCCUAACAAAAAGACAAAGACUCCUGUAUCACAAAAGUUAAUAACGACAUAAGCUCUCAUGGAGUAUGUUAAAGGAAGGUGCAGCUGUUGAAUUUCUGCCUGUCCAACAACAGGGAGAGCUGCAGUUGGGAGCCCUUAAAGCUCUGGCUCUAGGAUAUGAUCUUAAAAAGACAUAUGAAGCCACUCUUUUGCUGAAGGAACAUGGAGCUGGGCAUUGCUUGAAUGGGGUGUGUGUGUUUGUGAGUAUGCUUUCUGUGGCUCCAUGGAGGAAAAGGGACAGGAUGUACAUGUAAUAAAAUAAACACAUCCAAGCUUAAACAAGGGUAUCAAAGGAAUAUUUUGUGAUUGGUCUUCCAUGAGUCCUGUGGAAUCAGUUCCUCUUUAAGCAGGUUAUGUGGUCUCUGUUUCUACCCCCUCACUUCUGAACUCUCUUUUUCAGACAACAACAGGAAGUUUCCACCCCCGAAGUCUGUCAGGUUAACAGUGUAAUCUCCUCUAAGAGCAGCUGUCAGCUAAAUAGCCCAUGUUGCUUGCAAGCACAGUAUGACUGAGAAGCAAUCUUGUGCCAAGAGGGCCUCUCGGACCCUUACACUAGAAAGGAUCCUGGGAACUGUAGUUUGUUAAGGGUGUUGAGAGUUGUUAGGAGACCCACGUUUUCCACAGAGCUGCAGUUCUCAGAAUGGUUUAACAGUAAAUACCUCUUGCCAGGGAGCUCUGGGAAUUGUAGCUCUGUGAGGGAAACGGUUCUCGCAACAAUUCUCAGCACCCUUAACAAACUGCUCUUCCCAUGGGGAAGCCAUGACUUGAAAGUGGUGUGAUACUGCUAUAAACAUAUAGUGCAGAAAGGGCCCAAGAUAGGUGGAAGCUAUGGUUAUUUAUAGAGGUAUAAAACUGAGAAGCGGUGACAUGUGACUGGAGAAAUGGAAAUAUAAUAGUUGGGAAGGAGCGAGCCAAGUAUUUAUUGUAUAGAGCAUACAAACUAUUGCAGAAUAAGGAAGAAGCUCAGUGGUAGAGCACAUGGUUUGCAUACAUAAUAUUUCCAAGAUCCAGUCUUUGGCAUCUCCUGUUAAAAGGAUCUCCCAUGAGCUGCCACCAGCCAGAAUAAGCAAGACUGGCUGGACAAUAGUCUUAAUAUAAGGCAGAGUUAUACAUUUCUAGAAUAAUACAAAGAGGGUUCCUAAUGCAAAAUACUUAAAGUAAUAAUAAUAGUAACCAUAGAAAUCUCUGGACAUGAGUAACUUUGGUCCAUUGAUUUCAGUGGGUCUACUCUUGAGUAGAACUUAGCUGGAUACAGCCCUAAUAUAUGGGUUCUGUCAUCCUUAGUAUUAAUUGAUACAGUCAACUAAUGGCAUAUAUACAGUGGAAAUAUCUGUUCUUUUGUUUUUUUAGGAAUGACUUCCCACUGAGUCUGAAAGCUAUAGCUGAUGAGUUUUUCUUACCAAACCCUGUCGACACUUUCCACUCCAAGGAAGCAUUCCUGAUGUGAACUUAAGCUGGGGAGGAACUUGCUGAGAGCAGUAGAGGACAUGAUUUUCAUAGGCUGGAGGCGGCUGAUACGCUUAUGCAGCAGACACAUCUUCAGUACAAGUCUAAAGCAAAAGGAUGGAAGCAGCUGUUCGCUUUGGAAGUGCUACCACCAGAAGACUUCAGGGAGUCUCCUGGAUCCAGAGAUGAGACUGUUUUUGGAGAAGAACACAGAAGUCAUCAGCAGUGGGAACCUGACACCAGAAAUAAGAUUAAGACUUCUGACUCCUCGCUGUCGAUUUUGGCAUGACAAGGCUGCCUUAUGGCCAUAUGGGGACCCGUACUGGGCAAUCUAUUGGCCAGGAGGCCAAGGACUAGCCAGGUAUAAAACACUUAUCAGCCCUAGAAGGCAUAAAUGCCACAUGUUCACCCUGACUUAGGUUUACUAGUGUUAUGGAAAUAGGGUUUGCUAACGCGGGUGGAGCUAUGGUCUAAACCACAGAGCCUAGGGCUUGCCAAUCAGAAGGUCAGCGGUUUGAGCUCCUGUUGCUCGGUCCCAGCUCCUGCCAACCUAGCAGUUUGAAAGCACGCCAAAAGUGCAAGUAGAUAAAUAGGUACCGCUCUGACGGGACGGUAAACAGCGUUUCCGUGCGCUGCUUUGGUUUGCCAGAAGCGGCUUAGUCAUGCUGGCCACAUGACCCGGAAGCUGUCUGCAGACAAAAGCAGGCUCCCUUGGGCCAGUAAAGCAAGAUGAGCGCCGCAACCACAGAGUCGGCCGCAACUGGACUUAAUGGUCAGGGGUACCUUUACCUUUAAGUGGGAGGUCAAUCAACCAGACAAGAAUCAGCUACGAAACUCUUUAUUCCUGAACAGGAAGGGUGUGCCCUGCACCUAUUGGUUGCAGAGGCAGACCCCAAACACAUAUAACACAUAGCCUUUUAUGCAUUGAAGUAAACAACUCCUAAAACAUCAUCAGCUGUAUGUUAGUCUUUGAGUUAGUCUGCAGAAUUGCCUUAUCUGUUCAGACAGUUAACUUUCUAUAAAUGUUUCAUGUCUUCCAUGGCUCUUUUAUUGUGUUCUUAGUUGUUUUCCUUUUAACUUGCACCUUCUGCAUUUCUCAAUGCCCUUUUCCUAUCCAUCUUCUGCUUGAUUUGCGACGUAUGCAUUCCUUAUACCACUAGCUAAUUCAUAUUCAGUGCUAGGCUAAUGCAAUAGACUUUGCUACGAAUGUGUUUUUUUUUACUGUUCUUGUUUUUCAAAAUAUACUCAGAUACCUUCUUGAUAACCCCGAGGUUGUCAGAGAGAAGAGAGUCCUCGAUCUUGGAAGCGGUUGUGGAGCAACAGCCAUAGCAGCCAUGAUGAGCGGAGCCUUGCAUGUUGUUGCCAACGACAUUGAUCCUGGUAAGAUGCUCCAUUGCACGUGCAGUGCAGUCAGUCUCAGUGCAUUGGGAAGAAGGGAGGACCAUAUGCGGCUCCAGCAUGUUCCAAGGUAACAUGAUAGACAAAGAAGCCUUUGAAAGAACUGAGCAUGUCCCAUAGCCAUUGAGGCAUCAAUGCCAUCAAGGCAGGGCUACUUGAUAGUGAAACAGUCAACACAGCAGUGAUGAUCUUCCAGCUUUGUUAAAAUGAGAUACCCGUUUUGCAGAAGAGAAAUGGUGUAGAGCAGGCGUUAAUUCACCCUCUCUUAAAGACAUCCAGGAUGAGCAGUUUCCCCUUGUCUGUCUGAAGGAUAAAGAACCCUACACUGACAUAUGUCUUCAUUUUGGCUGGCUUCCCCAAAGUAGCUGGUGUUCUUUUAUAACUCCUCAAGAUAAAAGGUAAAAAAGGUAAGACACCCCCCCCCCGGAUGGUUAAGUCUAGUCAAAAGCGACUAUGGGGUUGCGAUGCUCAUCUUGCUUUCAAGCCGAGGGAGCCAGCGUUUGUCCACAGACAGCUUUCCAGGUCAUUUGACCAGCAUGACUAAACCACUUCUGGCGCAACGGAACACCGUGACAGAAACCAGAGUGCACGUGUUUUUGUGUUUCUGUACCUCCUAGAUCAGGAAAUCUGCUUGCUUUUCACUAUUUGUUCCAACCACAGACUGUCUGGUUCUAACCACCACAACAUCUGGCAAGUUAUUUACUUUGUCUUCACUUCCUUUCCUUUACUCACUGGAAAAUGUUGCCCUAGAUUUAGAGAAGUCACAUGACUCACUCAGGCUAAGCUUGCCAACUUUGGUGGGGGGAGAAAAACCAGUGUGGAAAAAGCAAAACACACAGUGUUCUCGCAAGGCAGAAAGCAAAUGUAAAGAGAAACAUAAUCUUUUUAUAUGAGCAAAGUCAGAGAUUGGUUUGGGGCUGAGCCACAAUUGAAGCCAAAUCUCAUAGUGUUGUCUAGUGGUUGGAGGGCACAUAGCCCUCAAUAUGAACACACUUCAGGAAGUAGAAAAUGAUCUUCAACGGGUUGUAGAUUCCACCCUGAACAGCUAGGUAAGAUACUCACCAGAGCAUAUUCAAAGGACAACGAAAGACAGCUGUUUUGGUCCAUUCAAAACACUAAAGAGAUUUGAACUUUCCCCCAACCAUCAGCCCCGACUUGGGGCCAUUAACCAUUAAACCUGCCUUACAGAAUGAAUAACCAGCCUGUUACCCAGUUUAGGAUCCAAUAUAAAUAACCAAUAUAAGAAAUACAACACAAAUUCCACAACUGAAACCAAACAAUGCUACUAUGGCUAAUCGUCAUCAUAAACAUCAUUAUUCCACAUUUAAAAUAACAUAAUUAAAGAGAAUUCUCAAAACAAUGUGCUUAAAACAACUAAGAAGCACAAAAACAAAUCAUAUGCAAAAAAUUGAAAUAUAUGAAAAUGCAUCAUAAUUGCAAUAUAUCAUGUUGCAAUCUUACACAGAACACAUACCUCAAUUGUUUACUCUGCAAAACACUAUUUCUGCUCUCUGUUGGGGGCCCUUCCUCUUUCACAUACCACAUUCUUAUCCUGUAGCUAAUGAAACAUCUGGGCUCCAUUGGCAUUCUAAUUCCACCCACACAGUUCCAAGUCCUUUGAUUCCUGUCCUGCAGUUAGUGCCGAGCCACCCAGAUGCUGCAGAAGCAGUGGAUGCUAUUUCUUCUCACAUAUUCCCUCAAGUAAUAGAGCGCACACAUUAGUAUAGGUCUAGAACUUAAACAUGUAUCCUAACACCUAACCGACUAUAUCAACUAUCCCACACAAGCUGAAGCCACUCUAGAUUGGUGAUCAAGCUAGCUAAUCCCAGAGUCAGGGAUAUAGAUGCUGCUGUUCUCAGUGGCAUGAACUCUGGUCUGAUGGAGAAAGGCCUCCCUGCAUAAGCUAAUAUUGUGGUUUAUAUAGGAUUUUGUCUAGCGGUCCAUGCCGACUUUGGUGUAGGGUUGAGUCAGGUGGUCAGUCAAUACACUCAGUUAUGUAAAUGAUGCGACUUGAGCAGCCUUCACCAAUCUGGUACCCUCCAGAUGUUUUGGACUACAACUCCCAUCAUUCCCAGACAGAGUACAAAAUGUACCAGGGACUUGAAUGUGAUCAGCCCAUGAACUGUGUCCCUAGCAAUACUCUGCCCAUAGAGACUAUAAGAUAGCUUGUUAAAAACAAUUCUGGCAAGGAAAGUCUUGCCCAACAAAGGAUCCAAAAGACUAGAAAGUUGACCAGUCCAGGUGAUGUUACCAACUCAAAAAUUUGGGCACUGAUCUUUUCUUGUUUGUUUCCUUAUUUCUCAGUUGCAGGAGCUGCCAUGCUGCUGAACUGUGAAUUGAACAACCUGAAUCCUUUCCAUGUUCUCACAGAGAACCUCAUUGGUACAGAAGUAGACAACUGGGAUCUUAUUAUCCUAGGGGACAUGUUUUACAGUGAAGCUCUUGCAGACAGCCUUCAUCAGUGGCUGAAAAACCACAUCCAGACUCAUAGGACUAAAGUGUUAAUUGGAGACCCUGGCAGGCCCUAUUUUGUGUGCCACAAAAUUCAGAAGCAGCUUCUCAAAGUCAGCGAAUAUGACCUCACCAAAUCAACGCAGCAAGAGAACAAUGGGUCCACCAGUACUGUGGUUUGGCACUACCAGCCUUGACUCUCCAUGGACCUCAAGUGCAGAAAUACUGGACUAUAUUGCAUGUCACUUGAACUACUAAAAGCCCCAUUUUGUGGCAGUUCAAAUUCUGACUGGUGCCAAUACAUACUAUACUGCCUAUAUGCAUUCUAUCAGCAUGCAUACAUUCUAUAUAUUUCAAUGACACAGCAUGGUUUGUACCAGCUGAAGGUGGCAUUUGUGCAGACUGGGACAGGCGUAAUAAAAGAAAGCACUUUGCCUUAUAAUUCCCACUUUAUUCAAUGCAAAUUAUGUGUGCAUGCCAGUAUGUGGCUGAGUUUUAUUCUUUAGAAACAUAAAGGAAAAAACUUUUCAAUGAAGUCUUUUUCUUGCAAAGUAUGCGUGUAUCAGUAGUUGCUGAUGUUGAUUAAAAAUGUAAAAUCCU